UCUAUGUUUUCGAAAAAUUAUAUAAAAAGCUAUAGUUAAGAAUUUUGUCACAGUUGUUUUUCAGUAACGUUUAAGAAGUCUAAAGAUUAUUGAAAAAUUCUAAGAUAUGAAUCAAUUAAAAUUAAUAUUAAUUGGUCUGCUGGGAUUGUGGAUCAGUGGUGAUGUAGCUAAUGGUAAAAUUAUAAAUUGUUAUUAUGGCACUUGGGCAAACUAUCGUCCAGGUGAUGGCAAAUUUGAACCUUCAAAUAUUGAUCCGUCGUUAUGUACUCAUUUAAGUUAUUCCUUCUUUGGUAUAACACCAGCUGGUGAAUUCAAAGUUUUAGAUGAAUGGUUGGAUUUAGAUAGUGGUUUGGGAUUUAUUUCCAAAACAAUGGAUUUAAAACGUCUUAAUCCAAAUUUAAAGGUUAUAGCUGUCGUUGGUGGCUGGAAUGAGGGUUCAGAAAAGUAUUCACAAAUGGCGGCCGAUGUCAACAAAAGAAGUUUAUUUAUUAAAUCGGCUUUGAAUUUUAUUAAACAGCAUGGUUUCGAUGGUUUGGAUUUAGAUUGGGAAUAUCCAGCACAACGUGGUGGCAGCAUAGAGGAUAAAGUUAAUUUUGUAAAACUACUAAAGGAAUUGAAAGAAGCUUUAAAAGCAUUGAAUUUGGAAUUGGGUAUAGCUGUGGGUGCUUCUAAACAAACGGCCACUAUAUCCUAUGAUAUAAGAAAUAUUGCAGAACAAGUUGAUUUUAUCAAUGUUAUGACUUAUGAUUUUGCUACGGCCGGUGAUGGUGUGGUGGGUUUUAACUCACCUCUUAAGGGACAACAAGACAGAAAUGUUCAAUCCGCUAUUAAUUAUUGGCUGGAACAAGGAGCUCCUGCCUCAAAAUUAGUCUUAGGUUUGGCUUUCUAUGGUCGUUCCUUUGAGUUAUCCGAUCCUCAGCAAAAAAGUGUGGGAUCUCCCAUUAGAGGUCCUGGCACUGCCGGCCCUUAUACCAGACAGGCAGGUUUUAUGGGUUACAAUGAAAUUUGUUCUUUGGAAAAGAAAUGGUCUUCUGAGUGGGCCCCUGAUUACGGUGUACCUUUUAUAUACAACUCUAAUCAAUGGAUUGGUUAUGAUAAUGUUCAAAGUCUUGACUUAAAAGUGAAAUUAGCCAAUUCAUUAGAUUUGGCUGGUGUCAUGAUUUGGUCUAUUGAAACUGAUGAUUUUCGUGGAAAUUGUGGAAUUAAAUAUCCCUUAUUGAAGGCUGUUAAUGAUAAGAUGGGAAAUCAUCAAACUGAAGGUGAUGUUGGUGAAAGUGGUGGUGCUGGUAAUAGUAGUAAUGAGGAAGUUGAAAUACCACCUUCAUCUGAACAGAAUUCGUCCAACCAAUCAGAGGAGUCUGGCGAUUGUUCGAAUGAUGGUUUCUUUGUUAAUGCCAAUGAUUGUUCACGUUAUUAUCAGUGUGUUAAUGGUGUACGUCAUGAUUUCCAAUGUAAUAGUGGCUUGUAUUUUGAUACUGUGAGUAACACCUGCAAUUGGCCAAAUCUUGUUUCGUGCAAUCAUUGAUAUUUCAGAUAAGAUGUCUCAAGUAUAAUCCAAUGUUUGUUUAUAUUGCAAAUAAAAUAAGGCAAACCAAACUAUAA